CUUCCUCGGCUGCGGCCGGAGAGGCGACGGUGCGCACGCGCAGAGCGGCUCCACGUGAGCGCUUGCGUUUCUUCUUAAACCCAACGAUGCCGCCCGAACGCAGGAGCCCGUCGAAACCGAACCGUAGGACCCGCGCAAGGCCGGACAGGAAGACCCAAAUGAGGUUGGGCCAGAAAGCCAGCACAGGGACGGGUGGGCCGCUCCGAAAAGCUGCCCCUUCAUCCCGGCGUACACCACCAGCCAGGCCGAGUGCCGCAGCCGUUUCGAUCACAGUCGCCGCGGCGGCAGAAGAGAGACGGCUCCGGCAGCAGAAUCGCCUGACGCUGGAGGAGGACAAACCGGCAGUAGAGCGGUGCUUGGAAGAGCUGGUCUUCGGUGAUGUCGAGGACGACGCGGACACGCUGCUGCGGCGGCUGCAGGGCCCGCGGGUUCACUUGCAUGAAGACUCUGAUGACUCGGAAGUGGAGAAUGAAGCAAAAGAUUCUUUUCCCCCUCAGAAGCAGCCAGUUUGGAUGGAUGAGGAAGAUGAAGAUGAGGAAAUGGUUGACAUGGUGAAUAAUCGGUUUCGGAAAGAUAUGAUGAAAAACGCAAGCGAAAGUAAACUUACCAAAGAAAAACUUCAGAAGAGACUGAAAGAAGAAUUCCAGCAUGCGAUGGGAGGAGUACCUGCCUGGGCAGAGAGUAAUAAGCGGAAAGCAUCUUCAGAUGAUGAAAGUGAAGAGGAUGAAGAUGAUUUGCUGCACAGGACUGGGAAUUUCAUAUCCACAUCAGCUUCUCUUCCAAGAGGAAUCUUGAAGAUGAAGAACUGCCAGCAUGCUAAUGCCGAACGGCCUACCACUGCUCGGAUCUCAUCAGUACAGUUCCAUCCUCGUGCGCAGGUUGUGAUGGUCGCGGGGUUGGAUAAUGCCGUGUCACUGUUUCAGGUUGAUGGCAGAACAAAUCCUAAAAUCCAAAGCAUCUAUUUGGACAAGUUUCCAAUCUUUAAGGCUUGUUUUAGUGCUAAUGGAGAAGAAGUUUUAGCCACAAGUAUUCGCAGCAAGGUUCUUUAUGUCUAUGAUAUGAUAGCUGGAAAGUUAAUUCCUGUGCAUCAAGUGAGAGGUUUGAAAGAGAAAAUAGUGAGAAGAUUUGAAGUCUCCCCAGAUGGAUCCUUCCUGCUCAUAAAUGGUGUUGCUGGUUAUUCUCAUUUGCUCUCAAUGAAGACCAAAGAACUGAUUGGUAGCAUGAAGGUUAAUGGAAGAGUUACAGCAUCCACAUUCUCUUCAGAUAGUAAGAAAAUAUAUGCCUCUUCUGAGGAUGGGGAAGUUUAUAUUUGGGAUGUGAACUCUAGGAAGUGCCUUAACAGAUUUGUUGAUGAAGGCAGUUUACGUGGAUUAAGCAUUGCCAUAUCGAGGAAUGGACAAUAUGUGGCUUGUGGUUCUAAUUGUGGAGUGGUGAACAUAUAUAAUCAAGAUUCUUGCCUCCAAGAAACAAACCCAAAGCCAGUGAAAGCCAUAAUGAACUUGGUUACUGGUAUUACUUCUCUGGCCUUCAAUCCUACCACAGAAAUCUUGGCAAUAGCUUCAGAAAAAUUGAAAGAAGCAGUGAGAUUGGUUCACCUUCCUUCUUGUACAGUAUUUUCUAACUUCCCAGUCACUAAAACGAAUAUUUCUCAUGUUCAUACCAUGGAUUUUUCUCCCAGAAGUGGAUACUUUGCCUUGGGGAAUGAGAAAGGCAAGGCCCUGAUGUAUAGGUUGCACCAUUAUUCAGACUUCUAAAGAGAUUAUUUGAAAUCCAGCUCAGCCAUGGAGAAAGCCUGUUCCAAUAUGUCUUCUCAGAAACUUUCCAGAAUGUGUGAUAAUAUAUGAGAAUGAUUCGUGGAGUCAGCUAUGCUUAUGUUAAUAACAGUGUCUUAAUAAACAUGUCAGAUUUUUUUGAAAA